UCCCUUCAUCACAUUUGGGCUUCAAGUUCAGGGAGAGAAACGAUCUGAGAAAGCCUCAUCUUUUGCCUCACACCUCCCUUCACCACCGUAAAACCCAAAAUCAGAGCUCCUCAUAAACCCUAAACCCUAAUUCUUCGAAACCCUACAAUGGACAACAAUCCCCAAUUUCCUCAGGAGGAAACGACCCCAAGUUCCAGCGAUCGCAUGGAGGAGGAUGGGGAACUGCCUCAUUCUGCUGAAAAUCUCGGCGCCGGAGGAGCUGACUCUUCGUCUUCGGACGAUUCCGGCCACUCGGACUCUGAGUCGGAGGAUGAAGCGGAGUUGAACCUUCAGAUUGAAACCCUAGAGUCAGAGGUCGCAGCCAAUCCCUACAACUACGACGCCUAUGUCCAAUAUAUAAAGCUUCUCAGGAAAACAGCUGACCUUGAAAAGCUAAGACAAGCAAGGGAAACGAUGAGCGCUAUAUUUCCAUUAAGUCCUUCUAUGUGGCAAGAUUGGACAAAGGAUGAAGCGUCUCUCUCGUCAAGUGCAGAUGCUGUCCCCGAAAUUGAAAAACUUUAUGAACGAGGACUUUCUGAUUAUCAAUCUGUAUCUUUGUGGUGUGACUACCUGAACUUUUUGCAAGAAUCUGAUCCCUCUGUAACUGGAUGUUCACUUGAUGGUAUUUCGAAAAUGAGGAAUCUAUUUGAACGUGCUAUUCCGGCUGUUGGCUUUCAUGUUACGGAAGGCCAUAAAAUAUGGGAAGCGUACAGAGAUUUUGAACAAGCUAUCUUCCUUACUAUUGACGAGACCAGCAUUACGGAGAAGGAAAAGCAAAUGCAAAGGAUUCGAAGCAUAUUUCAACGGCAGUUGUCUGUCCCUCUAGCAAACUUGAGUUCUACACUUAGUGCUUAUAAGGCUUGGGAGGUAGAACAGGGUGUUGACCUUGAUGUUGAAUCUGAUGAUUUGAGCAAGAUUUCCCCUCAAGUUGCUGCAGCAUACAAAAAGGCAUCGAAUAUGUAUAAUGAUCGCACCCAUCUUGAAGAGCAGGUUUCCAGGAAAGAUUUAUCGGAAGCUGACAAGUUUCAGCAGUACCUGAACUAUAUCAAGUUUGAACAGACUUGUGGAGACCCUGCCAGAGUUCAAGCUAUUUAUGAACGUGCUGUGACGGAGUUUCCUAUUUCAAGUGACCUUUGGAUAGACUACACUCGUUAUCUCGAUAAAACUUUGAAGGUUGGGAAAGUCAUUAAAGAUGUUUAUUCUAGGGCUACUAGAAGUUGCUCAUGGACUGGAGAACUCUGGGCCCGAUAUUUACUUGCCUUGGAACGUGGUUCUUCUUCUGAGAAAGAUAUUUCUGCUGUCUUUGAGCGAUCAUUGCAGUGCACUUUUUCCUCUUUUGAAGAGUACCUGGAUUUGUACCUCACUCGGGUAGAUGGGUUGAGACGAAGAAUGUCAUCAUCUAGUGGACUAGAGGCUUUAGAUUUUUCUCUCAUAAAGGAAACUUGUCAGCAAGCAUCAGACUACUUAACGCAGCACAUGCAAAAUACGGAUGGUUUGUUGCGUUUGCAUGUUUAUUGGUCUAACUUGGAACUAAAUUUGGGGAAAGAUCUAGCUGGAGCUCGAGGUGUUUGGGAAAGCUUUCUGAAGAGAAGUGGUUCUAUGCUAGCAGCCUGGCAAGGGUACAUAGAUAUGGAAGUGCGGUUGGGACAUAUAAAGGAAGCUAGGUCAAUCUACCGGAGAUGCUAUACAAGAAAAUUUGAUGGGACUGGUUCAGAAGAUAUAUGUCAUGGAUGGUUGCACUUUGAGAGGGAACAUGGCACUCUGGACGAUUGUGAUCAUGCAGUUCAAAAGGUUGCACCACGCUUGGAGGAGCUACGGUUAUUAAAGUUGCAGCAAGAGUCCAAGUCACUCAAGCCACCUGAGAACCUGAAAAAGCAUAAACCACAAAAGAGUGUGCGUGAGAAGAGAAAGGCAGGACCAAAUGUAGAUGAACAGUCUCCGGCCAAGAGGCCCAAGAAUAAGGGUCAGAAAAUGAAGGAAACAGAAUUUGAGGCACAGAAUGUAGCUGAACUAAACAGAGACAAAAUGAAAGCAAGGAGUGAGACAGCCGCUGACUCAAACAAAGAAGAUUUAAAAAGUGCCAAACCUGUGAAACCAAAGGUUUAUACAGAUGAGUGUACUGCAUUUAUAUCGAAUCUCAAUCUGAAGGCGCAUGAGGAAGAUAUACGAAGAUUCUUUAGUGAUGUUGGUGGGGUUGUCUCUGUUCGCAUACUCCAUCACAAAGAUACUAAAAAAUCAAGGGGACUGGCAUAUGUCGAUUUUGCGGAUGAUGAGCACCUCAAUGCAGCAAUAGCAAAGAACAGAAAUAUGCAUAUGGGUAAGAAAGUCAGCAUAGCACGCUCAAACCCGAAGAAGGGUAGAAAGGAAUUUACUGGUCGCAGUGGUCCUCCUGAACAUGGAUCUGGUUCUGGGAACUCAAAGGACAUGUCCGAGACUUCUGAGAAGUCUAAGGCAUUUCCUACCGGAGGAGCUGUCGACAAGCAAGGAGACAACAUCCCGCUGAGGGGAAAAAACACGUUUGCUGUACCGAGAAACGUUAAACCGCUCGGAUUCAUGACAGUCAAAAGCAAUGCAGAUGAGACGGAAGAAGACAUGAAGCCAAAAUCUAACGAUGAAUUCAGGAAUAUGUUCCUUAAGAAAUGAGGCUUGCCCCGUGUUAUACUUGGUGAUGAAUGAUGAAAACGAGGGCGAAUAUGAAAAUAUGGAAUGUAAGAAAGUCUGUUCCAAAUUUCUGACAGACGGAAGAAUGAAGACUUCUACAACUGUUUCCUUUGGUUUUGUCCCGUAAUAUGCAUACAUGUGUGUAUCCUGAGAUCAAGUUUUUGUUUGUGCCCAGAAGAAAAAGAUUAGUUUUUUUUUCCUCA